AUGCAGCCCCUCCACUCCGGGGACGACGCGCGCGAAGCGGCCGCGCUCCUCGACCGGACCGACUCCGCCGGCCGCCGCCGCCGCUCCUCGCCGGUGCUGUCCGCGUCCCCGACGCCACCGGGCUGGGCCGGCGGCCUCAGGCGGCAGUCCUCCUCCUUCCGCCAGGACGUCGGCCACGCCGCCUCCGAGACGUACCUCGUCACGCGCCUCACCUUCAGCCUGCUCCAGUACCUCGGGUUAGGUUACCGUUGGAUGAGGCAGCUUCUUGCUCUCACAGUCUACGCUAUCUUACUUAUGCCAGGUUUCUUGCAAGUUGGAUACUACUAUUUCUAUUCGAGUCAGGUUCGCAGAAGUAUUGUUUAUGGAGAACAACCAAGAAACAGGUUGGAUUUGUAUAUACCCAAAGAUUGUAGCAGACCCUGUCCUGUGAUGGCCUUUGUAACUGGUGGGGCCUGGAUUAUUGGUUACAAGGCCUGGGGUGCCCUUCUUGGCAGGCGGUUGGCGGAGAGAGGAAUUAUAGUUGCUUGCAUUGAUUACAGAAAUUUUCCGCAAGGAACUAUAAGCGACAUGGUUAGUGAUGCAUCCCAGGGGAUUUCAUUUGUGUGUAACAACAUUGCUAGUUAUGGAGGUGAUCCUAAUCAGAUCUACUUGAUGGGUCAGUCAGCAGGAGCACAUAUUGCAGCAUGUGCCCUUAUGGAGCAGGCAGUAAAAGAGUCUAGCGGGCAGCCCAUUCCUUGGAGUGUUACACAAAUCAAAGCAUACUUUGGUUUAUCUGGAGGAUACAACCUCCAUAAUCUGGUCGACCAUUUCCAUCAGCGUGGUUUGAACCGUUCAAUAUUUCUCAGCAUAAUGAACGGAGAAGAAUCGCUGUCGUCUUAUUCUCCUGAAAUUGUUGCCAAGGAGUCAAGUGCUCAGACCAUAGCUCUACUACCUCCUAUUUUCCUUAUGCAUGGAACAGAUGAUUAUUCAAUACCAUCAUCUUCCAGUCAAACUUUUGUAGAAGUACUUCAACAGGCUGGUGCUCACGCCAAGCUAUUAUUGUACGAGGGGAAAACACAUACAGAUAUAUUUUUACAGGAUCCUCUUAGGGGUGGAAGGGAUCCUUUGGUUGAAGAUGUAUUGACUCUUAUUCACGCUGAUAAUGCAACCUGUGAAAAUAUAGCUUCCACGCCUACUCCAAGGCGCCUGGUUUUUGAGUGGCAAUUGCGGUUGGCCCGUUGGAUUAGUCCCUUUUAAAAGGUGACACCAUGGAGAUGAUAAAUUCCUUAGGAUUUCAGGCGAAUGGUUUUGCAUAGUAUAUUUGCCAAUGGAACCUGAACAAACGUACAUAAAAUGGGAGAAGGCACUGAAACAUCAAGCAUGAUAAGAUGAAGCGGAUGGUAGAACUAUACUUCUUAUUUGUAAUAUUCGUCACACGGGAU